AUGGCUGAGAAUGAGAGAGAACCUCAGCCAUAUGUUGACUGCCAUGAGACAUGUAUAAAGAAAAUAGCAGAUCUUCGCAUCGAAAAUCAGCAACUUCAUGGUGAACUUGCUAGGCUUCAAGCUGAAAAUGAAGAGCUGCUUAAGAGAACUUCCACUAUGUAUUUUGCAGACCAAGUGCUAAUGACAGACCGGAAAACUUCAUUUUACACUGGGACAUCUUCAGCUGUGUUUAUGUGGUUACUCUCAUUCUGUUCUUGUAUUCUGCCCACAUGUAAAGUUUUGACUCCAAAGAGCAUACUUUUGUGUUUACUAAUGAAGUUGAGACUUAAUCUUCAGCACCAAGAUUUGGCCUACCGCUUUAAUGUGUCCGUCACCACAAUAUCGGAAGUAAUGAACCAAAGCCUGCCAAAACUUGCAGAAAAACUUGCUUUCCUAAUUCAAUGGCCAGACAAAGAGAGUUUGGUAAGGAGCAUGCCAAGUGUAUUUAAGAAAAUCUAUCCGAAAUGUGUCAGUAUCAUUGAUUGCUUUGAAGUGUUCAUCCAGAGGCCUGGACAGUUAACAGCUCGAUGCCAAACAUGGUCAAACUAUAAACAUAAUAACACCGUGAAAUUUCUAGUCUCAAUAUCGCCUACUGGUGCUAUCACAUAUGUGUCUAAAGCCUAUGGUGGAAGGACAUCUGACAAAGUUAUCACCCAGAGAAGUGGAUAUUUAGACAAACUUGUGCAUGGGGAUCAAGUAUUGGCAGACAGAGGAUUUUUAAUCUCGGAAGAUGUAACAAGUCGCAAUGCCUCACUGGUUAUUCCUGCUUUCACCAAAGGGAAAUCACAGUUAAGUGCUAAGGAGGUUGAACAAACUCGCAAAAUUGCUCAUGUGCGCAUUCAUGUUGAACGGGCAAUAGGGAGACUAAAAAAUUACAAUAUUCUGAGCAGUUCAUUGAGUAUGCACAUGGUUCCUCACAUUGACAGCAUUGUAACUAUAUGUUCAUCUCUUUGUAAUUUGCAACCAAAGCUAGUAACAUAG